AGUAUUGUUUGUUUGAGCGUGGCCAGAAGCGUUUUCUAUCUCUUGCUUUUUUCUUUCUCACAUCGAGUUAUCAAGAUCCCCUUUUCUUUAUGGAAUUUAUCAAGUUUUCGCUGUUGGGUCUCUUCCUCAUGGAGAUGGAGAUCGGAGCCGAUCUACACGCUCCUUGUUACCAUUGUGAAUUUAUGAAAAUGCGUCUACUCCACAAAAGUUUACCGAAAGUGAGAAGUUUGUCAAAGAGAUCUCAUCACAAUCCAAGCGAGGAGGCAGGAAGAUGUACAAAAUACAGUAAAUGCGACGAAUGUCAGGUCGAAAAAUGUAUGGACGGUAUACGAAAGGUGAAAGAUGGUUGCGGAUGUUGUCAAGUUUGCGCCCGACAGUACGGAGAUUACUGCGAUUACAAACACGUCUGCGAUGAAGAGAAACACUUGUAUUGCGAUAAUGAAGAGAGGAGAGAGGUUAGAGGAAGGUGCAAAGUGAAAAGUCAAUACGCAAAAAAGUGUAAUUUCAAUGGAGUAUUUUAUAAGGAUGGUGAUAAAUUCGAUGGUGAAUCUUGUCGGUAUAAGUGUACCUGUCAAAAUGGUGUUGUUACUUGCGUUAAUAAGUGUCUUCAUGAGGAAAGGGCACCACGUUCUAGACACUGUAGAAAUCCUUUACUUAUUAAUAUUGGUAAUAAAUGUUGCAAAGAAUGGGUUUGUCCACUUAUUUUGGAUCCUCCGUCAAAUCCUGAACCAACUCCGUCGAGAGUACCCUGUCCAAAUGUAACUUCCGUAUGGUCUCCCUGCACAAAAUCGUGUGGAAUGGGUAUAUCGUUCCGUGUUCGGAAUGAUAAUGAAAAUUGCGCAAAAAUAAAAGAGAAGAGACUGUGCAUGAUAAGAACAUGCCAUUUAAUAGACGAACAUAUGAAAAAUAAAAAAGAAAAGUGUCCAGCUACGUGGAAGUUUCGUGACGAAAUCAAAUAUUUAGAGUACAAAGGAUGUCGGAGUGCCGUCAAAUAUAAACUAAAUUACUGUUCGAAUUGUAAAAAGAAGAAAUGUUGCUAUCCAAAAGAUUUUGACGUUAUAGAUGUCGAAUUUCGUUGCCCGAAUCAGAGGAGAUUUUCAGAACCAUAUAUGAAGCUAAAUAGUUGUACUUGUAGACCUAAAAGGCAUAGAGAACAAUUUUGCUAGAGAGCGACGUUUUGUUUCCUAUCAAAGAUAAAGAGAGAAAGAGAGCGAGAUUGAGAUAGAAAGAAAGUACACAUCUCUGUAUAUCCAUCCUCGUGUUUGUACAGUUAAAAUAACAUGUUAUUAACGAUAAAUAAAGAUAAAGAGAAGAUAUGUUAAUUGU